AUGGAUGUCAAGAGUAGGAAUUAUUUAUUUAUGAAUCGCCAAGCAUUGGAGAAAGACAUCAAGACCUCUUACAUUAUGGAUCGUAUGGUUUCUGACGAAGUACUAACAUUGCAGGAGGAGGAGAGAGUGAGACAACAGAAUACACAGAAAGAACGAGCAGCUAUGCUAAUAAACAUUAUUCUUACAAAAGAUAAUAAUGCAUAUAGAUCCUUUUAUAAUGCACUGCUUCAUGAAGGGUACAGAGAUCUUGCUGCACUUCUUCAGGACGGCAUCCCUGCCAUCUCUUCUGGUAAUGGAAAGAGUUCAAUGGAUGGAAUGACUUCAUACG